ACUUUAACAAGUGAAGUCAUCAAAAUGCAAAGACAGCUGGUAAAAGUACAAGAUAAUCAAAGUAAUGUUGAAAAGAAAGUGGAUAUUUUGAUUCAAAUGCUACACUCAAAAACAGAUGCAUCAAAAAAAGGAAGCCAAAAAAUUAACGUCCCUGCACAAAUUGCACAAUCAAUACGGUGUGGUUUCCAGCAAGGUAUGGCUGAAAAGGAAUUCAUCUGGAAAACAAAGAACGAAGCUGGCAAUAUCCUUAAAUAUAAUUCUGCAGAGAAUAAGGAGAUGUCCGAUUUCAUCAUUGAAUUCGUAAAAGGUCAAUAUCCUGACGAAGUGGAGGGGGUUGUAAGAGAAGGAAUAAAGACAAAUUUUGAAUCGUUCAAAGCAAAGAAACGAAGAGAAGAGACAGGCAAACAAGAAGAACAUAACAAGAAAAUGGCUGUGUACAGCAGAUUGAAAAGAAAAUUAAACAACAGAAAAAAGGCAUUAAAAGAAAAAUCAAGCAUGCCAAAAGAACAGAAAGAAACAGUUAUACAAAGUAUGGAGAUACAGUACAUGUCUUCUGAACAAACCGAUUCAGAAGACGAAGGGUCGUUUAUCGUCAGACCUCUGCCUUGGAGGUCUGACGAUUUUGACAAAUUAGUCAAAAAACUAGACCAGAAACAUGAAAAUAAACUGAGCAAGAGAAGCAGACGGCAGAAUAAUGUUCGAAAGGUUGGGGCAGUUUCUUCAAGGAAAAAACCAGAAGUCGUGCCAGGACAUGAAUGGGUGUUUAGAUAGUAAAAGUUAUUGAUUAAACUGUAUAUUUUUUAGGAAUGCCGUAAUUGCUACAUGUAAUUGUUAUUAAUUUUUACAUAAUUAAAUGUCCAAAGCUACAAAAACUAAGAAAAACGCUGGUAAUUUUCAGUUAUUAUGUUAACAUAUUUCAGUCAUCACGAAAUCAAAUGGAUGCGAACAAUAAUACACCCUCAUGUCAGCAUACCGUCUUCAACAACAACAAUACUGUAGUAAUAGGCAAAAUUAUUAUAUAUAACAUAUUAUUGGCCAAAAAAAUUUAUAAUCUUUCUGAUUUGAAACCUAAUUAUAACAUCACGGAAAAUAUAUGUAAACAAUGAUUAUUUUAUUGAAUUUUCUCCGUUGUUUUUGUUUUUAACAUAUGAUGUGCUCCUGCGUAAACAAGUAGUUUAUUUUAUUUGCACACACACAGUAGUAAAUUGUUUAAAACAAAAUGGAAAUUCUUCGGAAAAGGAAGAAACUUCGGAUAAAUUAAAUUGCAAUAUUUUUAAUGUUUCUUUUGCGCGUGAUUAUACAAUAUAUGAAAAAGCCAUGUACAUGUAGUAGUAAUAAAAGAGAAUCUGCUAUCCUUUUGGAAGCAAUUAUAUACAUGUAGAUAACAGCUGGUUUUACAUUAAAAAUCCUUGUCUUUGUGAAACUCUUCAUUGUGUAUUUUGCUGAUUGGUGUCCAAGAAAGCAUAAUCAAAUAUAAUAUUUUAAACAUAUACACACGUACGUAACUAGGGACUUAUAAUAUUAUGUGAUUCGGUAUACCAAUUGAACAAUGAAAGGGAAACAACUCUUGUUAGAAUAAGAACAUUUUUCGUAUCUUUAAAAAAUGAAGAAAUUUUUUAAGUUUUAAUACGAAGGAAAAUGAAGGUAUGUUUAAAGUGCAGACAUAGAUGAACAGAAUUUUGCUUUAAUUGUAACCUUAUUUAAACGUUACAAACUCAUAUAAUCGAAUGAUUUACACUUAUUAGUUUACAUGUUAUGUCAGUUGAAAUGUGAUAAGAUGAAUAUUUUGAACGUAUUUAUAAAACUUUAAGUUAAAGAGUGAAAUUAAUAGCAAUUACAAAAAAUCAAAAGAAAUCAAAAGAAGAGAAUAAACAACAUUCACUUUGGGAUAUCGGGUGUUGUAAUUAAAUAAAAUAUGGUACUACGAUACAGCAGAGGGAUAUUUAAAAGGUUUAGUUUUAACUUAAAGUUUUAUAAAUACGUUCAUAUUUAUUAAGAUUCUUAUAAAAAAAAUCAGUAUGAAAAUUUUGUCAAAUUAUUAUUCUUAUAAAAACGGUGUAACCGGUUGCAUAUAAUUGGGUGCUUUUUCCCUCCAAAUUGCGUUGGAUUUCAUUAAUUAAUUCAGCUCAAACUUUUGUAUUCAAAGGGAACUAACUCUUUCUAUUAAAACAAUUGUUAGUUUAAAAUUAGGAUCAGUUAUGUCAUAAAAUGGAAUCCACCACAACAGGAACAUAUAUAUGUUAGACAUACUGUUCCCAGACCACAACAAUAGUAUUCUUCAAAUAUCGUAAUAUUUAUUAUAUUUAAAUGUU